AUGGCCCUGGUGAGCAUCAACCAGCUGCCCGAGAACAUCCUGCUGGAGGUGUUCACACACGUGCCCGCCCGCCAACUGCUGCGGAACUGCCGCCCGGUGUGCUGCCUCUGGCGCGACCUCAUUGACCUCGUGUCCCUCUGGAAGCGCAAGUGCCUGCGGGAGGGCUACGUCACCGAGGACUGGGACCAGCCUGUGGCCGACUGGAAGGUCUUCUACUUUCUGUGCAGUCUCCGCAGGAACCUGCUGCGCAACCCGUGUGCUGAAGAGGAUAUGAGAUCCUGGAAAAUCGACUCCAACGGAGGGGACCAGUGGAAGGUGGAGAGCCUCCCUGGAGCACAUGGCAUAGACUUUCCUGACUCCAAAGUCAAGAAAUACUUUGUCACGUCCUAUGACAUGUGUCUCAAGUCCCAGCUGAUAGACCUCAAAGCCGAGGGCUACUGGGAGGAGCUACUGGACAAGUUCCGGCCGGACAUCGUGGUUAAGGACUGGUUCGCCGCCAGAGCAGACUGCGGCUGCACCUACCGCAUCCGAGUACAGCUGACCUCAGCCGACUACCUCGUCCUGGCCUCCUUCGAGCCCCCGCCCGUGACCAUCCACCAGUGGAAUGAUGCCAAGUGGACAGAGGUUUCCCACACCUUCUCGGAUUACCCUCCAGGUGUCCGCCACAUCCUCUUUCAGCAUGGGGGCAAGGACACCCAGUUUUGGGCAGGCUGGUAUGGGCCCCGCGUCACCAACAGCAGCGUCGUCAUCAGCCACAGGGUGACCAGGAACCCGCCCCCCGCCAUGGCGCAGCCCUAG